AUGAUAUUUCGAACUAAUCUCCGUCGACCGGUAUUCUACCUAGCUGCCCUAGUUCCCUGCCUUCGGAUUCCGUUAAGAAAGCUCUUCAUUGCUGCGGCUCCUCUAAGGGAAAGCAAAGUUCCUGCUCUCUUCCAAAAGAUCUACAAGACUAUCGACGAGAGGAUUGAAGCCCGGGCCGAAAAUGCCGCACAAGGUAUAGCAUCACAAGAGCGGACAGACUUCAUAGACCUGUUUUUGGACGCAAGAGCCGAGCAAGAUUUUGACAACAAGGCAGAGUUCUCGAAAGACAGGAGUUCAAGUAAGGUGUCGAAGCAUUUGACCAGGGAGGAAAUUACCGCUCAAUGCUUCGUGUUUCUUCUGGCAGGUUUCGAUACCACCGCCACCUCCUUGGCAUUUGCUACCCAUCUGCUGGCUAAACACCCUUCGGUCCAGAAGAAUCUUCAAGAAGAAAUUGAUCAGCACUGUAAUCGUGAGUCGAUCAGCUAUGAAACCUUGACAAGCCUGAGAUACCUGGACGCCGUUAUCAAGGAAACUCUGCGAAUGUAUCCGUUAGCAACUGUCGCAAAUUCUCGUCGUUGUAUGAAAGCUACUACUCUUGGAGGAGUUCGAAUCCAAGAGGGCGAAAAUGUAUGCGCCGAUACUCUCACAAUCCACUUCAAUCGAGAACUUUGGGGGGACGAUGCUGAUGAUUUCCGACCGGAAAGAUGGCUUGAGCAGUCCGAUCGUCCAUCGGCUGCAUUCCUGUCAUUUGGCCUCGGCCCAAGGCAGUGCAUAGGAAUGCGGCUUGCUCUGAUGGAGGAAAAGCUAGUGCUCGCUCAUCUCCUCCAACGAUACAAUAUCGUUGCAACUUGUGAUACUGAGGAGGACCUUGUCCCUCACAGGUUCGAUGACAUUCGCUCCGAAGUCUGUUACCGUUCAACUGCAACGGAGGUCUCGCCUCUGAAUAUGUAUUUAAUUUGUAUGUAUAAAUAUUCUGGGGAAAGUGUCACCUGCCAAACGUUUUAUAGAUGUUUUCAAAUUAAUUCGAUUGAUUCAAAAAUUGAUUCUGAUGGUGUGGGCGACCGACAUACUAGGCCAGUAAGUUGA